CUAGCGACAUCACUGAGCAUAACUAAAAAAUAAUAGGACAAAACAGUGCAGAGAGAUUGAGUACAGAACUGGAUAUAGCUAUCAAGGUUUUUGCCACCUCAAAAGACAAAAGAAAGCUGAUUUUGGUGUCAUUGACAUCUUUUCAUUUAUUGCUAUCAUUGAGUGUACUAUAGUACAAACUGUGGGGUUGUUUUGGAAAUUAAAUGGCUAAUAAACUAAUGAUGAAACAAAACAACACUCUAGCUUAACUUGCUUCCCCUAAUAGUGAAAUUAACAUGGUAAUGUUGAACAAUUAAUGAAGCUCCUCUAACCGUAAUCAAACCAAAUUUAAAUUUGCAAGCAAGAGGAUAUUAUUAACUAGUAAGAUUGAAUAUUUAGAGUAGCUACUACUCACUAAAAUGAGCUUAUACGUUCAUGGUUCUUCGGAUCUUGAAUGUGUUGUUUGUUUUGGCCCAUUGAGACUCUGUUUUUACAUAUGACUUUAACUUCCAAAGCUACCAAAACUCUCUAUAUAGGCUUUCUAAGAAAAAUAAAAGACAAAAAGCAAAAUGCUACUUUCUCAUUAGCUAUACGAAGAGAAAGGACAGAGAAGACAGGUUCGUAUGUAGAAAACACAUUAAUUGUGUUCUGCUUCCGUUGCACUCUCUCACUUUAAUCUUGUUAAGAAUUCAAUUUCUGACUUUUGUCUUCCUAAGAGAAGAACCUUUUGGACCAGAACACCUCCGGCUCCCUUCUUGUUUCUACAUCCUCCAUGGCUUUAAGUGAUGUGUUACCUCGUUUCUUCAGUGUUUUUCUUUCCCAGUACAACUCCAACUCCUUUCUGAUACCAAGAUCUUACUACGACCACUUACCACGUCGGUUGCCCAAGACUGUGAUUCUCAUGGGAAAUGGUGGAAAGAGUUGGAAAGUAGCAAUGAAGAGCAAGCGAGAUCAAGUGUAUUUUGAACAAGGUUGGGCCAAUUUUGUGGCUGAGAACGAGCUUAGAGAUGGAGAAGUCUUAACUUUUGUGUUUGACGGUCACCGAUGUUAUGAAGUGAGUAUAUACACUCGCGGAGGUUGCAAGGAAACUCGAGCAGCCAUUGAAGUGGAAGAAAUCUCUGAUGAGACAGCGAGUGACUAUAGCUGCGAUUCUAUUGUUAGUGUCAUUCAAGUGUAAUAAUUAAUUAAUGAUCAGACAGAGAAAAAAAAAAAAAAAAAAAAGAUCGGACAGAGAGUGACACCUGUUUUUUAACUUCGUGUCGUUUUGGGUUGGUUUAGUUUUACAUUGAUAGCCCAAAAAACGCCGUGAUGUUGUAUUUGUUUUUGUGUGAACAACGACGAUACAAAUCUCCAAUUUUAA